GGCUCCAAAGGGAGCUCACUGUGGUUCGAGUCGGCCUCGCAACAGCAUCAGGCCGCUCGCCACCGUGGGCUCGGACGCGCCGCCGCGUCGCGGCGCGCCAUGGGGUGCAUUCAGAGUGUCGCUGCCGAGGCGAGGUGCAAAAUCGAGCAGGUCCUGGAGGACAGGCACGCGCGGCCUCCGGCGGGCGCUCCGGGGCGCGGGCGCCCCGAGCGCUUCACCAUCCGGUUGCACAAAGGCGCCGCCGAUGCGCUCGGCGCGAGCCUCGGGAUGGUGCCGACGGGCGCGCUGCUGUACAGCGUCGAGGAGGGCUGCGUCCUCGACAGGUGGAACAAGGCGAACCCCGACGCGGCCGUGCUGCCCGGGUGCGUCAUCGAGCAGGUGAACGGGGUGGGCGGGUAUUGGCCCCUGAUGGAGGAGUUGCGCCGCUCGGGGCCCCUCGAGGUGAGGGUCUCCGCGGUGCCCCCGCAGUCGGCGGGCCCCAACUGGUUCGAGGACGUCGCGAAGAUAGGGAGGGAGAUGGGGAUAACCGACAAGAGUCCUUUCAUGGUCCGGCUGCCAUCGGAGGCCUCGCAGGGCGAGAAGGUGUUCACAUCUUUCCCCAGCGUGGUCGCAUGCGCGGCUGGGAUCGACCAGUGCGCCAUCUGCUUCGAGGACGUCGGCUCCGACGAGGUGCUGACAUAGCUUCCCUGCAGGCACGCCUUCCAUCCGCUUUGUGCGGCGCGCUGGCUUGCACAGAGCACCUCGCGGUGCGUCUCCAAGAAGCACAGCUGCCCGCUUUGCUGCCGCAAGAUGGUCAACACGCGCGACGGCGUCGUGGCCGUCGACGCAGAGACUUUUUAAGAAGAGAGGGUGACUUGUAUCUUCGCUUGUUUUGGUCGCGGCCCGACGUGCCAGUCAGUUCCAAUCCCCACGGAUCUUGGUUUCUGCGGUUCGCAUUUUUGUUGUAGCAGUGGAGAGUCUUCCUCCUGUGCGAGCUCGCGCAGGUCUGUGCGCUUUAGCUCGUUCUGGUGAGCUGCGACGCGCCGCAAAUGCGGGUCACGGGGGCUCUUGCAGUCGUGAGUAGUCUGCUACGGACUGGAGCCACUGACACGGGGGGACCAGGAGGGAGGUAUGGAGAGGCGACGUGCCACAUUUGGGGCAACCUUCGGGUCAACGUUGGCUGGUUGCGAUCUAGCCUGCACUUCACUGUUUUUGACCCUGCCCUGUUGUUUUCGCCUGUGUGGGAUGCACGCAGGAGUGCUGCGAGUGUGCCCUGUGAGCGGCAGCAGAGAGUCGCAAAUGGCCAGCGACCCACCUACAGACUGCCGCCGAACCACCGAGCUACGGCAGUGCUCUCGGCACCUCGCCGUACAUAGCAUUUGUUCUCCACAUUCUGAGUGGGAUUAUUGCUUUCCCAGAACACCCUUUCGUUCUCCUUCUCCUCCUCCUCCUCCUCCUCCUCCUCCUCUUCCUCCUCCUC